ACAAAAAAAAAAAAGGAAGAUAAAUUCUUUGUGGUCUCCGCUUUUGUAUUGUCCCCAACAUUCACUAGCGAAUCUUGGCAAGUUUUCCUUGCAUACUUCGUCAAAACUGUAAUCCUAGCAAUAAGCAAGGAGAAGGAAUAAUGUGGAUGACCUUUUACGCUUCAGAUCAAUUAUUUCCAACUACCAAUAUCACCAGACAUAUCCCAUUUGUCUCUUUUCUUUCUCCAAACUCAUCGUUCUUCAUCAUGAAUUUAAUUCUAUACUUUUUUCUUGCAGCUGCACUGUUUCUGCAUAUUACAUUUUCAACCUUCGUUAUUUCCAUCAACUUGGAUGGGUAUCAACCUGAAGAACGAGCUGCAUUAUUGCAGCUAAGGGAUUCCAUGACUUCCUCUUUAGACUUGCAUUCAAAUUGGACAGGACCACCUUGUAUAGCAAAUUUUAGCAGAUGGGCUGGUAUUGUUUGUUCUAAUUGGCAUGUAAUUCACAUUGUCCUUGAAGGAAUCCAGCUUUCAGGUCCUCUCCCACCUGCAUUCCUAUAUAACAUUUCUUUAUUGACUAAACUCAGCUUCAGAAACAAUUCAGUCUCUGGACCACUUCCUAAUCUCACCAAUCUUGUUCACUUGGAAUCUGUGCUCCUUUCAUACAACCGAUUUACUGGUUCAAUUCCUUCUGAGUACAUUGAAUUGCCAAAUCUGGAACGUUUAGAGUUUCAGCAGAACUAUUUAGAGGGUCAAAUUCCGUCUUUUGAUCAGAAAACAUUGACAGAUUUCAAUGUUUCUUACAAUUAUUUUCAAGGCUCAAUUCCCCCAACAGAGACUCUUCGAAGGUUCCCAGAGAGUUCCUACGGUCAUAACUUGGAUCUUUGUGGUUUUCCAUUAAAGCCGUGCCCAGUUCCACCUCCAGCUCCAUCACCACCUCCUCCUUCUCCUAUGAGACCAGGGAAGGACAAGAAAAAGAAACUUGAAAUUUGGAUUGUUGUUUUAAUUGCGGCACUGGCUGCCCUAGUUCCAUUAGUGGUUUUGCUGCUUGUCCUGUGUUGUUACAAGAGGGUGCAAAGAAAAGAAACAGCAAAAGAACCACAAGCAGGGGGUGGCCCUGCAGGAUGGACAGAAAAGAAAUUGACACAUUCCCAAAGCACAAAGGAUCCUGAAAGAAAGGUGGAGCUCGAAUUUUUUGAAAGAAAGAUAGCCGUGUUUGACUUGGAUGAUUUGCUAAGGGCAUCUGCUGAAGUGUUAGGCAAGGGGAAACAUGGUACUACCUACAAAGCAAACUUGGAAUCGGGUGAUGUUGUUGCCGUUAAGAGAGUUAAAAACAUGAACGGCUUGAGCAAGAAUGAAUUUAUCCAGCAGGUGCAGCUUCUGGGAAAGCUGAAGCACGAAAACCUGGUGCAGAUUAUUUCUUUUUACCACUCCAAAGAGGAAAAGCUGAUUAUCUAUGAAUUUGUACCUACUGGCAAUCUGUUUGAGCUAUUGCAUGGGAAUAGAGGGGUUGGAAGAGUUCCUUUGAAUUGGGCUGCAAGAUUGUCUAUAAUCAAGGAUAUAGCAAAGGGCCUGGCAUUCCUCCACCGAUCGUUACCUUCUCACAAGGUGCCCCAUGCUAACCUCAAAUCAUCUAAUGUACUAAUCCAUCAAGAUGGCCAAAGCUACCGCUCCAAGCUCACAGACUAUGGCUUCUUGCCGCUGCUACCUUCUCGGAAAUUGUCUGAGAGUCUGGCAAUUGGCAGGUCACCAGAGUUCUCCCAAAGGAAGAAGCUGACACACAAAACGGAUGUAUACUGCUUUGGCAUUAUCCUACUAGAGGUCAUUACUGGGAGGAUACCGGGCGAGGUUUCGCCCAGAGAUGAUGAAAUAGUUGAGGAUCUUUCUGACUGGGUUCGGACGGUUGUUAACAAUGAUUGGUCUGCUGAUAUAUUAGACGUAGAGAUAUUGCCAGCAAGAGAAGGCCAUGAUGAGAUGUUGAAGCUUACAGAGAUGGCUCUCCAGUGUACAGAUGUGACACCAGAGACACGGCCAAAAAUGAGCGAAAUAUUGGGAAGGAUAGAAGAUAUAGAGCAAAAAAAUUGAGAAAUUAUUUUAUAAUGAAACAUUCCAUUCCAUUACAUGAUUACUUGCAGACUCAAAUUGGGUCAAA